AUGGUCAAAGAAACAAAGUUUUACGAUUUAUUAGGAGUCUCUCCAAAUGCUUCAGAAUCUGAAAUUAAAAAAGGUUAUAGAAAGGCUGCUUUGAAAUAUCAUCCUGAUAAGAACCCAACUGAUGAAGCUGCUGAAAAAUUCAAAGAAUGUUCAGGUGCUUAUGAAGUUUUAUCUGAUUCACAAAAGAGAGAAAUUUACGAUCAAUAUGGUGAAGAAGGUUUAAGUGGUGGUGGUCCAGGUGCUGGUUUCGGUGGUUUCGGUGGUUUUGGUGAUGAUAUCUUUUCACAAUUCUUUGGAGGUGCUGGUGCAUCAAGACCAAGAGGUCCUCAAAGAGGUAAAGAUAUUAGACAUGAAAUUCAAAACACUUUGGAAGAGCUUUAUAAAGGUAGAACUGCUAAAUUAGCUUUAAACAAACAAAUUUUAUGUAAGGGCUGUGAAGGUCGUGGUGGUAAAGAAGGUGCCGUUAAGAAAUGUUCAAGCUGUGGUGGUCAAGGUGUUAAAUUCGUAACAAGACAAAUGGGUCCAAUGAUUCAAAGAUUCCAAACUGAGUGUGAUGUUUGUCAUGGUUCAGGUGAUAUUAUCGAUCCAAAAGACCGUUGUAAAGAAUGUAAAGGUAACAAAGUCGCUAACGAAAGAAAAGUUUUGGAAGUUCAUGUUGAACCAGGUAUGAGAGAAGGCCAAAAGGUUACUUUCAAAGGUGAAGCUGAUCAAGCUCCUGAUAUCAUCCCUGGUGAUGUCAUCUUCGUAGUAACUGAAAAGCCUCACAAACACUUCAAGAGAUCUGGUGACGAUUUGUUAUAUGAAGCUGAAGUAGAUCUACUAACUGCUAUUGCCGGUGGUGAUUUCGCUAUCGAACACGUCUCUGGUGACUGGUUGAAGGUUACCAUCGUCCCAGGUGAAGUCAUCUCCCCAGGUGUACGUAAAGUUAUAGAUGGUAAGGGUAUGCCUGUCCAAAAAUACGGUGGUUAUGGUAACUUAAUCAUUACAUUCAAAAUUAAAUUCCCAGAAAAUCACUUCGCUGAUGAAGCUAAAUUGAAAGCUUUGGAAGAUAUAUUACCUCCAAGAACAGAAGUUAAAAUCCCACCAAAAGCUCAUAUCGACGACUGUGUAUUGACAGAGUUCGAUCCAGUCAAGUACGGCAACAACAACAAUAGAAGAGGACAAAGUUACGAUUCAGACGAUGAAGAUCAUCACGGUGGUGAAGGUGUUCAAUGUGCAUCCCAAUAA